GGUCCGGGCCAGCCGCUGCCGCCGGCGCUCUGCCCCCGAGUCGGACGGACGGUCCUCCGCAGACGCCAUGCCGUGGCUGGCGCUGCACUCCAACACCACGGUCGAGCGGGGCGCGGCGCUGCUGCUGGACGCGCUGGCAGCCGCCGGCCAGCUCACCGAGCCGCCGCCCGAGCUGGAAAACACCACCGGCCUGAACGCCAGCUGCGCGCCCACCAACGGCACGGACUGUGCCGAGACGGACCCGCCGGCGCGCCAGUACUGGUUCCUGCUGCUGGUGCUGAUCCCACUGCUCAGUGUGUUCGGUAACGUGCUGGUUAUUCUGGCCGUGUGGCGCGAACGCUCGUUACAGUCGGCCACCAACUACUUCAUCGUCAGCCUGGCCGUGGCCGACCUGCUCGUGUCGGCGGCCGUCAUGCCGUUCGCCGUCUACGUCCAG